AUGUCUGUGAGUGUACUGCGAGCAAGCACUGGUGCUCGUGAGGAUGUAUUUAUGGUUGUUGGCAAUGCUAAAAACCGUCGAUGGAAUAGAUGGCUACUUCCACCAGUAAACUGGUGGCGGGGUUACCCAAAUGAUAUGAGGUCAGAUAUAAUUGACAAAACUAAUGUUUGGAGGCUGGAAUUCAGGCCUAGUUACUGGCUCGAUGAAAAUCUAGAGUAUGAUCUAAUGGAGGAUUCUUUCAAGUCGAGGUUUUAUUCAUUAUAUUGGAACCGAGAUUUGGAUAUUUAUGUUAAGAGAAUAGGCAAUAAAGCUGCUCCAUCAGUUGUCUCCGUAAAAGUUUCUUCAGGUGGAAAGAAGAUAUUUGGCUCUGGCUUUGUCAUCGAAUGUGACACUGUCAUAACAUCUGCCAGUCUCUUAAAUUUUCUGGACACUCAAUUAAGUGAUCUAAAGGUUUCUGUGGGUUUAUGUGAUGGCGAAAAAUGCGAUGGAGUGAUUGUGGCCUGUGAUUUUCACUAUAACCUUGCUGCCAUAAAAAUUCAAGCGGACAAGCGAUUGCAAAUUGCGCGGUUAAAGCAUCUGGAUGAUUCGAUCUGCAUUGAUCCAACCAACUUGUCGAUUGGCAAACUGUAUGAGAUGCAUUCUGAUCUAUUUAGAAUUUUUCCUGGGGAAAGAGUUAUAGCACUUGGACGCUUUCACUGUGAUGUUGGUGAUAUUAUGGUCUCACCGGGUGAAUUCAGUGUUGAACAAUGCCGACUCGACUGUAAAGAGCUGUUGAGAUCAACUGGCAGAAUCACUCAGUGUGGCAUUGGGGGCCCAAUGAUCAACCGGAAAGCAGAGGUGAUCGGAGUCAACUUCUUUCAUUUCGAUUUCACUCCUUUUCUACCUAUCAACAUAGUUUCCAAAUGGUGGAGUCAUUAUAGGAAAUAUAAGAACUCUUGUCGACCUUGGCUUGGGAUGGAAUUGAGUAAUCUCUUCACUGUUGAAGUAUGGACCUGGGAGAAGAUCAUACAAAAGUUUCCGAGUAUAAAAAUGGGCGUUCUAGUUGAUGAGGUUGCUCCGAAUUCCCCAGCUGGUUCUGUAAGCGUGCAACCAAAUGAUGUUAUAGUUGAAUGUGAUGGAGUUGCUAUUACUAGUAACUUACAGUUCUUUGACCUAAUAUGGGACAAGACUGGAAAUAUGGUGAAAUUGGGUUUAGCAAGGACAAGUGAUGGUUCUCGUGAAAAUCUAUCUGUGAUGGUUGCUGAUGCCAGUCCGACUCAGUUUAAUCGCUGGCCCAUCUUUGGACACACUAAGGGGUAUUUGUAG